AUGUCUACAAGGCUGUUGAAAAGCCUCGUUGUAAAGAUCUCUUUUCGAGUUAGCGCAGAAUCCGAAUCCGCCAAGAUUUUUUCUCUUGAUGCCGCACCUUGCACAUUUUCCGACCCGACGCUGAUUGUGCGAUCCUCAGACAACUUACCUGACAUCAAGCCAGCAAGAUGUCUCACCGAAAAUUCGAAGCGCCUCGUCACGUUCGUUGCCCUCCCACCGAAGAUCGAAUUCAAAACUAAUACCGUACAGGGCUCACUCGCCUUCCUGCCCCGGAAGCGAGCAGCGAGACACCGUGGAAAGGUCAAGAGCUUUCCCAAGGAUGACCCCAAGAAGCCAGUCCAUCUCACUGCUACCAUGGGCUACAAGGCCGGCAUGACUACCAUCGUGCGCGACCUUGAUCGCCCAGGUGCAAAGAUGCACAAGAAAGAAGUUGUCGAGGCUGUCACAAUCAUCGAAACCCCUCCUCUGAUCGCCAUCGGUCUUGUCGGCUAUAUCGAGACUCCCCGCGGCCUGCGUUCGCUCACUACAGUUUGGGCUGAGCACUUGUCGGACGAGCUCAAGCGUCGAUUCUACAAGAACUGGUACAAGUCAAAGAAGAAGGCUUUCACCAAAUAUGCCAAGAAGCACUCCGAGUCGUCAGGCUCCUCGAUCACCCGCGAACUUGAGCGCAUCAAGAAAUACUGCACAGUCGUCCGUGUCCUCGCACACACCCAGAUCCGGGAGACUCCUCUCAAGCAGAAGAAGGCUCACCUCAUGGAGAUCCAAAUCAACGGUGGCAGCAUCGCUGACAAGGUCGAGUUCGGCCAUGGGCUGUUCGAGAAGCCAAUUGAGAUUGACACCAUCUUUGAGCAAGACGAGAUGAUCGAUGUGAUUGCAGUCACCAAGGGUCACGGUUUCCAGGGUGUCACCUCCCGAUGGGGCACCAAGAAGCUUCCUCGCAAGACACACAAGGGUCUACGCAAGGUCGCUUGUAUCGGUGCAUGGCAUCCUUCGCACGUGCAAUGGACUGUCGCUCGCGCUGGUCAAGACGGAUAUCAUCAUCGUACAUCGGCCAACCACAAGGUCUACCGUAUCGGCAAGGGCAAAGAUGAGAAGAACGCUGCCACAGAGUUCGACGUUGUGCCCAAGCAGAUCACUCCCAUGGGUGGCUUCGUCAAGUAUGGCGAGGUCAAGAACGACUACAUCAUGCUCAAGGGCUCUGUUCCAGGUGUGAAGAAGCGAGUCAUGACGUUGAGGAAGUCAUUGUGGCCUCACACCAGUCGGAAGGCUCUGGAGAAGGUUGAGCUCAAAUGGAUCGACACAUCAAGCAAGUUCGGUCACGGUGCUUACCAGACUCCUGCGGAGAAGAGACAGUUCUUGGGUACGCUCAAGAAGGAUCUCAACGCCAGCUCGUAA